GGACAGCACUCUAGAAACAUCUAGCAGACGACGGGUUUUACCAUGAAAAUUCCACUGCCUGGUACAAUUUUAAGAGCCACAACAAACAAACCACUACCAGAAAUAAGUCCAGAUGAUAUAGAAACAAUAAUUGAGAAUGUACAGCAAGAGACACUGAAACAGAGAAAAAACAAACUAUUGUCACAGUUCGACCAUGUGGCCUUUCAGAGAGCAGGAAACCGUGAAGACUUUAAGAGCCCUUUGGUCGGCAUUAAACUUAAAAGACUCUGUAACUUUAGAACCCCAAGUAUAUGUCCAAAGUUAAUCAAUCUUAGUUUUAGUCAACCGUCUUCGCCAAGGACCCCAGCACUGGGAACAAGAAAAACUAUUGUAGCAGCGACGCCAUGUAUGGCGCCUAAUAACACUGAGCGCGAUGGUUUUGUUAUUUCAACGCCAAUGGUUUUAAAUCCUUUGGAAUGUUUACACAAGUCCGGUAACUCUGGCUACUUUACUAGCAUCGAUAUCCUAGAUGUGUUAGACGAUGAGGCACAAGAUGUCACGUCUGUAGAGAGCCACAUCAGACGAUAUAGUGAACUCGAACUAACCGAUACGACUAUCGUCGACUACUUGUUGGAUAUCGGCGAUGACACCAGUUUGAACUCACUUGAAACAUUUGUUGAUUCCCAGGCAUUGGUGGACGAUGAACCUCCUGUGAGGCGAAUAAUCACUAGACGAGUGUUUCGACACUGCAAGCCCUUGUCAGAGCAGGAAAAACUAUCGCUUAGAGAAAUAAAGAAAAAGAAAGCGAAAGAACGAGCACGGGAAAGAAAAAACAUUUUCAAAAAACCAGAGAAAGGCAUUGUUAGAAAGAGUAAAAGAAGUAAAAAGCCAGUGAAGUACAUCUGAAGAGUGGCUAUACGAGAACAGGUCUAAAGGAGAACGUUCGAAAAGCACAAAACACUGGCUAGCAGAGAAUGGAUACUUUUAUGAACCUGAUUAAUAAACAUGUUAAUAAAUGCUUAAUAUUUAGUACCACUGGAUACAGACAGACAGACAGACAGACAGGCAGAUAUGGCUAUUUCUUUUGUUAUAACGUGUAACGUGUAGACCACGCUACUAGAGAUUUGAGGGUGAACAGGGACGGGAAUGGAAACACAAACUUGAUAGAAUUUCAACGUGUUGUCAAUGGUGCCCAUUAUUGUAUGCGGAUCGUUUAGCUUCUAUCUAAAACAUAUUGGUGUUGAUUACAUAUGAAUAUAUAUAUAUUUAUCUUACUAAAAUAAACUUUAUUUCA